UGAUAAUCACGAUGAUUUCCACGAUCCUACCAAUCCUAUCGAUAGAGCUAGAGGACCAUCCCUUUCGAAGUCUUCUAGUCCUUUUCUUAGGUAUCCCUCUUAGCUACAUUAUCGUCAACGAAUUCGUACGCCGUGCGGCGAGAGUGAAGGGUUUCUCGGGUCCUACGAAUUGGCCGCUUGUCGGAAACAUCCCAGAUAUCAAGUUCAACGCAGCGGAGAAGUACCGGCAAUGGUCCAAGAUACACGGCGAUGUGUAUCAGAUACAGUUGGGAAAUGUGCCUGUGAUUGUAGUCAAUAGUGCCGAGGCAGCGAGGAAAAUCUUUGGACAGCAUAGCCAGGCGCUCAGCUCCAGGCCAGUGUUCUGGACCUUUCACAAAGUCCUCUCCAACACGGCCGGAACAACGAUCGGAACGUCUCCUUUCAACGAUUCCUUAAAACGCCGACGGAAAGGAGCAGCUUCUGCUCUCAACAAACCAUCCAUCGCCACAUACAUAGACCACCUAGAUGUCGAGACGAAGGACUUCGUCAAAGAAGGAUUCGAGAAUGGACAAGCCGGCAAAGUCGGUGUGGAUCCGAUGCCCAUGAUUCAACGCCUCAGUCUGAGUCUCUCUCUAACAUUGAACUGGGGCACGCGCAUGGGCAGCCGCAACGAUCCUAUGUUUGAAGAGAUCACGGAGGUAGAAGAGAUUAUAAGUAAGUUUCGAAGCACGACUGGCAAUCUCCAAGACUACAUCCCCAUACUACGAAUGAAUCCCUUCAGUUUCGGGUCUAAGAGAGCGCGAGAGAUGCGGGAUCGAAGAGAUGUAUAUUUAAAGCGUUUGAACAGUGACUUGGAUGACCGAAUGGAGAAAGGAAUUCACAAACCGUGUAUUCAGGCCAACGUCAUUUUGGACAAGGAAGCCGCGUUAAACAAGGAGGAGUUGACGUCUAUCAGCUUGACCAUGCUAUCAGGUGGCUUGGAUACAAUCACUACCUUAGUUCAAUGGAGCGUGGCACUUUUCGCCCAACGUCCAGACAUUCAAAAGAAAGCGAUCGAGGCUAUCCGGGAGUAUUACACAGACGGGGAGCCACUGUGUGACGCACAAGAUGACCAGAAAUGCGGGUACAUUGCAGCGCUAGUGCGCGAAUGUCUAAGAUAUUACUGCGUCCUUCGGCUGGCUCUUCCUCGGGCGACAGUGAAGGACAUUAUAUACGAAGGGAAGCUGAUACCGGCUGGAAGCACCAUUUACCUCAACGCGUGGGCAUGCAACAUGGACACAGACCCGAAAGUGUGGGCAGAUCCAGAGGCGUUCCGGCCAGAACGCUGGAUCGAGCAACCGGAUGCGCCACUGUUCACAUAUGGUCUCGGAUACCGGAUGUGUGCUGGGUCGCUGCUUGCAAACCGAGAAUUAUACCUGACUUUUUUGCGGAUGCUGAAUAGCUUCGAGAUCCAGCAGGACUCCCAAGUGGAGACUCAUCCCGUUCUCGGAAGUGCUGAUCCAACGAGCCUUGUCACUAUGUGCAAGCACUACAAGGUCAUAUUCAAGCCGCGGAAUGAGAAAGCCUUGAGGGAGGCACUUCGCGCUGCGGACAAAAAGAGCUCACUGGGGGGAUGUUCUUGA